AUGGACCUCAUCCAUGGGACGACGCGCCUGGACGACCGCUUUCUCUUCCUGCGCGAGAUCGGCCAUGGCAUCUCAGGCGUCGUGCUCCUCGCUCUGGACACGCGCAGCCAGACGCAGGUCGCGAUCAAGGUCUUUGCGCCAGCGCUGCUCGUCGCGGGCGAGCUCGAGGUCGCGCUUCUCCGCGCCGUCGACGCCCGCGACCCCGACCACCACGUGCCCAUUGUGUCGUUCAUUCACGCCUUUGAGUUUCGCGGCUCGCUAUGCAUCGCGAUGGAGCUGCUGGGACCAGCCAUCUUCCAGCGACCCCGGGCGUCCGCAGAGGACGACGCGAGUACUAUGUCGUCGAUCCUGGAGCAGGUGCGUCAGCGUCCAGACAAGUGCGUCGCGCGCCGUCAUAUGGAGCUCGCCGCGCUUCGGACGAUGGUGGCGCAGACGUGCGCGGCCCUCUCCGUCCUGCACGACAUGAACAUCAUCCACGCCGACCUCAAGCCCGAAAACAUCCUGUACCGCGACGCCUCGUCCAGAUGCGAUAUCAAGCUCAUCGACUUUGGCAAUGCGAUCGACAACGUCAGCGUCCAGACGAUGGCGACGGACCACGGCUUUGACAUCCAGACCAUCCUCUACCGCGCGCCCGAGGUGGCCAUGGGCGUCUCCAUCUCGUGCGCGGCCGACAUGUGGUCGCUCGGCUGCAUCGUGCUCGAGUGCGUCCUCGGCCAGCCUCUCUUCAACGCGACCGACCGCGUCGCAUUGCUCGUCCAGAUGCAGCAGCUCUCGGCCACGCCACUGACGACCAUCUUGUCGCGUGGGCUCUACACAAGUGCUUUUGAGCGCCAGGCGACAUUGCCGACCCUUUCGCUCGAUGCGAUCGCCGACGCCUACGCGCUCGAUGCGACCGACCGCCACUUGCGCAGCUUUCUCGCAAGUCUCCUCGAGACUUCGCCUACGCAGCGCAUGACCGCAAAGCAGGUCCGUCGCAGCUUUCGACACAAAUCGGACCGUCCUGGUAGGCGCUCCUGCACCCGUUUCUAG